AUGACGACUCCAUUUCCUCUUUUCCGUCUUCCGCACCUUGUACUUAUACCUGUCUUGGAACAAAUGGAAUUUAUGGACAGAAUCGCAUUCUCUAUUCUUUCCAAACGUGCCAGAAUGUACGUGAAACUACUCAAAAUGAAGUGUGAGCAUAUCAAUUUAAAACUGAAUGGUGACAGAAUCGAUAUGAUAGUGUUUUGUGAUUUUACUAGAGUAUUGGAAGUGAAUAUGUAUAUCGAUGAAUAUCAACGAAGCACCUUCAAGAAUCAAUAUAAACGGGUUUAUUCAUGGCGCGACAGUAGUCUACUUCCAGUGGACUAUGUCCUCACAAUUAUGGACGUCAUGCAUUGCAAGUCGAUCGAUAAGUUCAUAAUCGUUGAAAUUUCUGAACACGAUUGUAUCCCAAUCAUCGCAAAACUUCCGAAAAUUGAUGAAGUCGUUGCCGAACACAUUCCGUCUGAUAACUAUAACUAUUAUUCUUAUGAAGCAAUAUUUCAUAAAGAAAAACAACUUCUCAAAGUUCUGAGAACAGUUUUGCCGGUAUCUUCUGCAGUUACUAUUUCCUAUCGCUUCCAAAACCAGAAUCACCUCCGAGAAAUUCUCAAAGGAAAUUUCGACGCCGUGGUUUUAAGGAGGUCCGACAACCGGAUAACUCUUAAUGAUCUGUGGAUUACAAACGCUAAGAUACUUGAGAUUCAUACAGUAAAGGUUGAUGUGAGAGACCUGAACCGCUAUUUCAAGUUGUGGAUGAAGAAAAUAUGUAAUGAUCGACUGGAAUACUUGGAAGUGAGAAUAUAUGACAAGCCCAGUAUGGAUCUCCUUUUGGACGGACUUAACGCUGUUUCUGUUCCAAUUGAAACACAGAGAGAAUUCCGGGUUUUGGGAAAUGUAAAACGAAAGGUGAGUGAGAAUUUAUACGACUUCUGUGUACAGUACGCUUACUUAUUCAGAAUUGUACUUUCUCUUCUCUCAAAACGUGCCAGAAUGUUCUUGAAACUUCUCAAAAUGAAGUGUAAGUAUAUCAAUUUAAUACUGGAUAGUAGCAGUAUCAAGAUGAACGUAUUUUUUGAUAAUAGUAAAGAAUUGAAAGUGGAUAUUUUGAUCCUUGGAUACCCAGAAGUAUAUUUUAAAGAAGUAUAUUAUAAACAUGAAUACGAUUACAUCGCUUGGCGGCCCUGUGCACUACCUCCAUUGGACUAUUUCCUUCCGAUUAUGGACGUCACUCACUGCAAAUCGAUUAAGCAGUUCAUAAUUGUUGAAUUACCACAAAGCGGUAUUUUACUUGGAAAACUUACAAGACUCCUUGCGAAGCUUCCAGAAAUUGAUGAAGUUGUUGCUCAGAACACCUACCACAGCUCUCCGGACUCACCGCUACUAAUAGUUCUGAGAAUAGUUUUACCAGUAUCUUCAGCAGUUACUAUUUCUUACCACGCUAUAAAACCCAAAGACUUCCGAGAAAUUUUCAAAGGAAAUUUUGACGCCGUGACUUUAAAAAAAUUUAGGGACAGGGUCAUGCCAAAUCACAGCAUGAAGUUUUCUCUUAAUGAUUUGAAGAUGACGAACGUUAAGUCAUUGGAGCUUCCAGGUCCGGUCAUUACAUUAGAAGAUCUAAACCUCUAUUUCAAGUUGUGGAUGAAGAAACAAUGUAAUCCUCGACUGGAAUAUUUGCAAGUGGCGAUGAGGAGAUGGACUUAUUCGUCCGUUGUUUGA